CCGGACUUCAUACAUUGUGCAACUUGUCGAACCAUGCCACGCUCAAGCCGGAACUCUGGCUUAGUUGUUUUGGUAUGCUUCCUUUUUGGAGGAUGCACCUUCGUUAAUACUGGCCUGUCAAGGCCCAUAUCAACAGCGCGUGGCCAUACGCAGUUUUGGCCAAUGGGCCAUAAACAAGACAUGCGCACAGGGCUUGUGCAGCUUCCGCAGCAGGCCAUGAGCCUAGGUCAGUCAUUGAGUGCCAGUUGUUUGGGACCUACCUUAUUGGGCCUUUGGCGCUCUGAGUAUGGCGUUUCCUAUGGCUAUGGCAGUGCAGUGGAGCCGACCUUACACGUUCAUUUUCUUUCACGGUUUCGAUUUAUGAAGGGGAACCUUCUCUGCAAACGCCUUGGCAACAUUGUCGAGUGUGCAGAGUAGAAGAUGCAGUUGCAAUGGCAGACGACGGCAGUUUGCUAAUUGUGCAUCGGAGCUGCAUCCCCUCUGGCCAGUGGGCGGUGGUUCAGGCCCUCUCAGCCUAUCACCUUUGGCGUUCAUCCUCUGGGCUCGCAGCUGUACAUUUGUUCUGUCUAAUUUUAUAUGGCGUAAGGUCCGGCCCCAAGUCCCAAGACAUUCCCAGCAGAAAAAAGGAAUGAAGAAAUACAUAGAUUGAAAAAGGGAUAAAACAAGGACUUACCAUGACGUUCCUUCCUGUUUUCUCUCAUUUUGCC